GUGACGUCACCGCGCGUUACGCUCAUUUACGUUCACCGUGUUUGUAAACUUCCUGAGGGAGAUGUUGUUGCUAGCUUUUUAGCUAGCCGUUUGCUUAUUACAGUAAUGGAUUAAACUACCAAAUAACCAAGAGUAAAUGACAGCACAGGACAUAAUUUAAGUCGGUACUCUUCGUAGGUCAGCGCACCAGCUGGACAUUAAAUCUUUCCAGUUCUUGGUGAGCUAACGUUGAUAGACGUUGCUAAAGCAAACUACUUUGUAAUUUUGAGCAGCGAUCAUGAUGGCGUCUAGUUACAACGCCAGAGACCAGGACGGACAUAUCACCGUGUCCGGGCCCGGUGGCGGGACUCUGCGGAGCAAGAAGCCCGAAAACACUGCGUUUAAACAGCAGAGACUGCCCGCCUGGCAGCCCAUCCUCACCGCGGGGACCGUGCUCCCUGCCUUCUUCAUCAUCGGACUCAUAUUCAUCCCCAUCGGCAUCGGCCUGUAUGUAACGUCCAACAACAUCAAGGAGUUUGAGGUUGAUUACACAGGUGCUGACAUGUCGAGUCCCUGCUUCAACUGCUCCCAGAACUUCAGCUGGAACAGCACAAGGCCUUGUACCUGCACGAUACCCUUCUACCUGGAGCAGCCGUUUGAAAGCAGUGUCUUCAUGUACUACGGCCUCUCCAACUUCUACCAAAAUCACAGGCGCUACGUCAAGUCAAGAGACGACAGCCAGCUGAAUGGAAAUAUGGAAUCCCUCAAGGAGCCCAGUAAGGAGUGUGAACCAUACGCCUAUCACGAACACAUUCCAAUCGCACCGUGCGGCGCCAUCGCCAACAGCAUGUUCAACGACACGUUGGAGCUGUUUUACAACGAUCCCAACGGCACAAAGAUCCAGAUUCCUCUGACGAACACGGGCAUCGCCUGGUGGACUGACAAGCACGUGAAGUUCAGGAACCCCGGAGUCAACAAUGCAAACCUCACAGCUGUUUUCCAAGGCACAACGAAGCCAGUGAACUGGCGGCGGCCCGUCUACGAGCUGGACACCGUCGCAGAGAACAACGGCUUUGUCAACGAGGACUUCAUUGUGUGGAUGCGAACAGCCGCCCUGCCAACCUUCCGCAAACUGUACCGCAUUAUCAAUAAGACGAGCAACAUGGUUCCCACUCUGCCCCGAGGAAACUACACCCUGGAGGUCGUCUACAACUAUCCUGUCCGCAGCUUCGAGGGCAGGAAGCGGAUGAUCCUGAGCACCAUCUCCUGGAUGGGAGGCAAGAACCCGUUCCUGGGCAUCGCCUACAUCACCGUGGGCUCAGUCUGCUUCUUCCUGGGCGUCGUCCUGCUCAUCAUCCAUCACAAAUGCGGCAACCGCAGCAACAGCGCUGACAUGUCUAACUGAGACGUCGUCUGUCCUCCAGCUCAUCUUUCAGCUGAUCCUGUGACACAUCUGUCAGGGAAAAACCUUCAUCCAGAGGCCAAAAGUAUAAUGUCCACAUUCUUCAGCAGUCAGACGUUUUUAGGGAUUAAAAUGGCUUGAUGAUGGCCGAUUAUUUGCCAAAAUGAAUAGAAAUGUUGCCAAAAAUUUGCAGCCGUGCUUGACGUCUAACAGCUUUUGACAGAUUUUCCCUCCUGCUAACGUGAGCAGACUAUCACGCUGAUGUGUCACAUGAUCGGCUGCCGUAAGAGUUCCUAUUCAGGUCUGGAAGUGUAAUGGAGAUUUAAUAAGCUCCAGGUCAGGAAAAGUUUGGGAAUGUGUAGGAAAUGACUGCAGGACUUUAAUGGGACCAAGACUGUGAGGACGCAGAAGACACGUCCCCCGUGUUGUUUCUGGAUGGGUUUUUAUGGAAGAGAAUUUCCACCAGCGUGCUGAAAAGAAAGAAUCCUGGAAGUCAUUAUAAUGAGAAACAGUCUCAAAAUAAUGAAUCGGUAUCACAAAAUCUUCCACUUUGGGAAACCAAAUCAUAAUUUUGCGAAAGUUUCAGAAUAUUUCAGAUACCAGCUCAUUAUUUCAAUGAGGUUUCUUGUUGUACCGACUUACAGAUCUGUUAUUCUGGUCACAUUGGUGGAAAUGGGCUUUCGUGAGGUUUAACAAGCUGACAGGGACUUCAUAUACUACACUCAGACACAAGUUACACCUUGUGGGUACUCUUUAAAUGAGCACUGGUUUGUCUUAACUCGGCACUUAUACACUAAAAGAGUAAUUGUUGGCUUUAGUCGUCCCUCCUGUCCAUCCCAGCUGUCAGUGGACACCUUCAUAGAGACAGCUGUGUAAAUGGUGGGGCUGAAAAUGCACAGCAAGAUUGUUACCCUCCAGCUUCUCAGAUGUGAAUAUUUGCUGGGUUUCUUCUGCGAUAUUAAAGUGAAUAUCUUUGGAUUAUGAAUUGUUAUUGACUGUACAUAUAAAGGGUAUUUGAAUAACUGAUGGCCAUUUUGUGCUUUUUUUUUUGGUGGACCAAACGACUAAUCGAGAACAUAAUCAGAUGAAUCAGUAAUGGCUGGUCAUGUCGCUGCCAAGCAAGGGCAGGAGGGAUGACCACGAGAACUCAGCUGGGUGACUUCCAGACCCCUGUAGGACCUCACUGCGAGCGGGUGCAGUGAAGUUGAGCUGGAGUGAUGUUGCUUUGAGUCCUGAGUUGCAUGCUGGUUAGGAGAGGCGUUAGUGCGGUUACUUUGUGCCUCGUCGUCGUCUGUGACAUCAGCCCGCUUUUAAACUAAACAUCACAGAGUCUCCACAGUUAAAACAUGCUGAGCAGGUUCCACAUGGACUUUCUGAGCUGUAAUUAAAUGUUUCAUAUUUAUGUGUUUAAUUUAAAGGUUUUAGAGAGAUGUUUUGAAAGCCAGUAUUUGCAUGCUGGACCUCAGGGGUCUUCAGGUUUAAAGGUCACCGUCUCGGCUUGAGGAGCAGUAAGUUACGAGUGUGUAAAUGUAAUCCAUAAACAUAUGGUGACGCAGUGUCGUGGCUUCAUCCGUUGUUAUUUACACACAGUAAUACAGCAUGAUAGAACAGUGACUCAGUCCAUGUGAUGUUUUUCUGUUUACGUUGCUAAUUGUGAAGCUAAUGCGGGCAGUUUACACACGAGUCCUGCCGUUGUUAAGCUCAGAUUAUACAUGCAGCAUGUUGAAAUGUGCCAGUUUAUUUAUUUUAAUACAUUUCACCAAGAUAAGAUGUUACCUGCAGUUAUGAGAAGCACUGGAUUUUUUUUAUAUUCUAUGUUGUAUUGUUGCUUUAAAAGAAUAAAUUUAUCAUUAAACUGAA